UCCUCCGGGCCACCGUAGUGCUUGCCUCUGGCCAGUUCGUGAGCAAUGGAGCUGCUGGGUAGCCGCGGGGACAGCCACAACUCCUCCGCAGACCCGCGAAGCACGUUCGUCUUGAGUAACCUAGCAGAAGUGGUAGAACGCGUACUUACCUUUCUACCCGCCAAGGCGUUGCUGCGGGUUGCCGGCGUCUGCCGCUUAUGGAGGGAGUGUGUGCGCCGAGUGUUGCGGGCCCAUCGGAGUGCGACCUGGAUUGCUGCGGGUCCGGCGGAGGCCGGCCACCUGGAGGGGCAUUGCUUGGUCCGCGUGCUAGCCGAGGAGCUUGAGAAUGUUCGCAUCUUACCACAGACAGUUCUCUACAUGGCUGAUUCAGAAACUUUUAUUAGUCUGGAAGAGUGUCGUGGCCACAAGAGAGCAAGGAAAAGAACCAGUAUGAAAACAGCAUUUGCCCUUGAGAAGCUAUUUCCAAAACAGUGCCAAGUCCUUGGGAUUGUUACCCCGGGAAUCAUAGUGACUCCAAUGGGCUCAGGCAGCAAUCGACCUCAGGAAAUAGAAAUUGGAGAAUCUGGUUUUGCCCUUUUAUUCCCUCAAAUUGAAGGAAUAAAAAUACAACCCUUUCAUUUUAUUAAGGAUCCCAAGAAAGUAACACUGGAAAGACAUCAACUCACUGAAGUAGGUCUCUUAGAUAACCCAGAGCUUCGUGUGGUCCUGGUAUUCGGCUACAAUUGCUGCAAGGUGGGAGCUAGCAAUUAUCUGCAGCGAGUGGUCAGCACUUUCAGUGAUAUGAACAUCAUCUUGGCUGGAGGCCAAGUGGACAACCUGUCAUCACUGACUUCUGAAAAAAACCCUCUGGAUGUUGAUGCCACUGGUGUGGUUGGACUGUCAUUUAGCGGACACCGGAUCCAGAGUGCCACAGUGCUCCUUAAUGAGGACGUCAAUGACGAGAAGACCGCCGAGGCUGUGGUGCAGCGCCUGAAAGCAGCCAACAUUCCCGAACAGAACACCUUCGGCUUCAUGUUUGCAUGUGUGGGCAGGGGCUUUCAGUAUUACAGAACAAAGGAGAAUGUGGAGUCUGAUGCAUUCAGGAAGUUUUUUCCUAGUGUUCCCUUGUUUGGCUUCUUUGGAAAUGGAGAAAUUGGGUGUGAUCGGAUAGUGACUGGGAACUUUAUAUUGAGGAAAUGUAACAAGGUAAAGGAUGAUGAUCUAUUUCAUAGCUACACAACAAUAAUGACACUUAUUCAUCUUGGGUCAUCUAAAUAAAGCCACCUGAAAGUGGCUUGCACAAU